UCUUCAGAUCUAUAGCGUGCAAGUAUACGCCGGCAUCAAUCCCGCUCGGCCUUUUGAGCACCCAAGAACCUGCAAGAAUCCCGCCUGCGUCAUGCGCGAUGCAUCACAAGGCGUUCUGCGCCCGUUCCCCUUCUUGUUCUUCUCGUUCUUCCCCGUUCUUUGCCUUGGCCGGUCGCACGUCAGGCGGGCAGGAAGGCCCGACGACCGCGCAUGAGCGAGCGGCGAGGCUCCAUCGGCAUGACGGGGUUUCCCUUGUGGUCAACGCGGAGCCAGGCGUCCGCCAUGAGAACGUCCUGGGACAUCGGGGGGACAUGUGUGGCAUUACUUACCUCUUGGGAUUGGGGAGAUGGAUCGCCAGAGGGUCGGCGCUGGGUGCCGUAUAUAUAAAGACGGCGAUGUAGGAGCAAUGGCUACAGCAGAGGACUACCGCACGUUGCUUCUCUACUUGCCUAACGACCCAAGACUCCUUGCAAUUCAUCAUGUUCCCCAGCAUUGCGUUGACCCUCGCCGCCCUCGCAGGUCUCGCUGCGUCCACGACGAUCACCGUCGUCAACCACUGCAGUUCCGCGGUCGACCCAGGCUUCUUCCCCGCGGCGAACAACGGCGCGCUCGGCGGCUUUGCGCUGGCGGCGGGCGCGUCGCAGGCCGUGACGCUCCCGUCCGGCUACAGCGGGCGCGCGUGGGGCCGCACCGGGUGCGACGACGCUGGUGUGUGCACCACCGGGAGCUGCUCGGGCGGCGUGAACUGCACCGCGCCUGCCGCCGCAGGGCCCACGCUUGCGCAGUUUACGAUCAACGGGUUCUCGAACCUGGACUUCUUCAAUCCGGGCGUUGCGGACGGGUUCAACAUCCCGGUGACGAUCACUCCCGGCGCUGGCUGCUCGACUGCUGCUGUGACGUGCUCGAACGCCGCUGGAGCUGGUAACGGCUGCGGUGCGACUUCUACCUGCCCGACCGGUACCGCCUACACCCUCUCCUUCUGCUGAGAGUUCUUUCCCCAUCAAAAACUCGGACUUACAUAUGGACUCUACGGACACAUGUACUAGCGCACUGUAAUGGCUCUUGUAAACAUUCGUCGUAGCAAUAUGAACAAAACGCUGCCUUGCAGACGAAAUGCCGCUAUAUGCCGUGGC